GCUCCUGCAAGUUGCAACUGCGUGGCAAAUCCUUCGGGAUUCCCCUACCCCCCAAAAAGUCCCGGAAAUCACAUUCCUUUCCAGUCGACGGGAAACAAAAUCGCGCACAACGAGAAAAAGAAAAUCAAAACACUCUCCGUCAAUGACCAGGCUUCUACGGUAUUCCAGUUGAACUUGCUGAGGAAGCCAGCAUAUUUGUAAUGGCUGAGGAUACUUCUACUGCUGAAUUAACUCAGCGAAGACAUGGCCUCUUAAAAGAUCAAGUGCGCUUGGUCAAGAAAAAAGAUUGUGACCGUCAUGAGAUAGUCCCUUUCGUAGAUACUCUGUCAUUUGAGAAAGGUUUCUUUGUCGUAAUCCGUGCAUGUCAGUUGUUAACCCAAAAGAAUGAUGGACUGAUAUUGGUAGGGUUAGCUGGUCCUUCUGGUGCUGGGAAGAGUAUACUUACUGAAAAGAUACUUAACUUUAUGCCCAGCAUUGCCGUCAUAUCAAUGGACAACUACAAUGAUUCUAGUCGAAUUAUCGAUGGAAACUUUGACGACCCACGUUUGACAGAUUAUGACACAUUGCUCAAAAAUAUCCACGAUCUAAAGGAAGGUAAGCAGGUUGAGGUUCCGAUAUACGACUUCAAGUCUAGUUCCCGCACAGGAUACAGGACAGUUGAAGUACCAAGCUCCCGAAUAGUGAUUAUUGAGGGCAUCUAUGCUCUGAGUGAAAAAUUGCGGCCUUUACUUGAUCUUAGAGUGUCUGUUAGAGGUGGAGUUCACUUUGAUCUUGUAAAACGGGUUUUACGGGACAUACAACGUGCUGGGCAAGAACCAGAAGAAAUAAUCCACCAGAUAUCUGAAACGGUAUAUCCAAUGUACAAGGCUUUUAUCGAACCUGAUCUUCAGACAGCACAUAUAAAAAUCCUUAACAAGUUUAACCCAUUCACUGGAUUUCAAUCUCCUACUUAUAUUUUAAAGUCUGCAAGGAACCUGACAGUGGAUCAAAUCAAAUCUGUCAUGUCUGAAGAACACACAGACACCAUGGAACAAACUUAUGAUAUUUAUCUGCUACCCCCGGGUGAAGAUCCAGAAACCUGCCAAUCAUACCUGAGGAUGAGGAAUAAAGAUGGAAAAUACAACCUCAUGUUUGAGGAAUGGGUUAUUGAUUCUCCUUUUGUCAUAUCACCAAGAAUAACUUUUGAAGUCAGUGUGCGGCUUCUUGGUGGCCUGAUGGCCUUGGGAUACACUAUAGCAACUAUCCUGAAAAGAAGUAGCCAUGUAUUCUGUGCAGAAAGGGUCUGUGUGAAAAUUGAUUGGCUAGAACAACUGAAACGCCAUUAUGUUCAGGUGCAAGGAAGAGAUCGCCUAGUUGUAAAAGGUGUUGCUGAGCAGCUGGGAUUGGAAGGCUCAUUCAUUCCUCGUACUUAUAUUGAACAAAUACAACUGGAAAAGCUUGUAAAUGAGGUUAUGGCACUGCCAUAUGAUUUGAAGACAAAGCUAAGCAUAGAUGAGGAUCUGGUGUCAAGUCCCAAAGAAGCACUCUCUCGAGCCUCUGCAGAGAGGGUUUCAAUGAGAAAUAAGAAUCUCAGGGUUAUUUCGCACUCAUAUUCAACACAGGGAGACAAGAAUCUCUCCAAGCUUACUGGAUUCAAUGUCAAUAACCGAAGGUUUGAUGACCGGAGUAUAGAGUCGUCACCAACACCAGCAAACCAGGGAGGUAUUACCCAGCUCUCAGAACAAAUUUCUACACUAAAUGUUCGGAUGGAUGAUUUUACCUCUCGAAUCGAAGAGUUGAAUUCCCAGUUAAUCAGCAAUAGAGUUUCUGCCAGCCCUCAAAACAGGGCUGUGCAUGCUGAAGUCUGCAAUGGAUCUGCUCCCACUUCUUCCUUCGUCUCUGGUUUAGGCAACGGUUCCUUGGCUGGAUCCAUUAUUCCAAAUUCCUCGUCUUCCUCCCAGCUAGCGAAGGAGUCUCCCUUGAUGGAAGAGAUAUCUGGUAUUGCAAGAGGACAACGGCAAGUCUUGCAUCAGUUGGACAACCUCAAUAAUCUUCUCCGCGAGAGCUUGGGAGAAAUAUCUCGUGAUGCAAGAACAGACAAGAACUGCGAAAUAGCUGAUGUUGAUCCUGUUAGAGUUUCUCUGAUUAUAGCAUUGGCAAUUGGUGGUCUCGGAAUCUUCUUGUUUAAGGGGCUUCUAUCCCGAAAUUGAUUCCUUACCAAACUAUUUCUUUACAUUUGCACCUUCAGAUCUUUGAUAUUUUAUCAUUAUUUUUCGUCGGAUCCCACGAAGUGGCUUGUGAUACUAACCCUCUGAUCGGGAAUGACUGUUCAUGGAUCACACUGAUCUGUGGUGUAGAGAGACUGGAUGCAAAUGAAUGCUUCCAUGCUUCUCAUUGAAUUUUGUCAAAGAAGGGUGUGCUUCAGCAAAAUUUUGUUGUAACUUUUUGGGGUUCUUGUGGUUAUAGUGGAAAUGGUUCCAUGUGACCUUUUUAAAGAUUUAAUCAAUACUAAUACGGGAUGAACUUACCAAUUUCAGUUCGAAAUUUGCUCCUGCAGUACAUAUUUUUAGUUUGAG